GCAGAAAAAUGAGGCUGGAUUCAAGAUGGCAUUCAAGAAACGAAACCCCGACUUCAAGAAACCCCCCAAAAAGAUCUCAGCAUCUAUACCUGCAACUGGUGACUUAAGAAAACACGACCAACCCACAAGAUCUGUAAAGAAAUCAAAUGAUAUGGACAACUCCUCAUCGUCUGAAGAAGAUGUUCUCGAGAAGACGAGAAAGGCUGAGAUUGAGAACCAAAAGAGUGAGCAAGCGAAGUUGGUAGAAAUGGCAUUGUUAGAACAGGUCAUGAACGGACAGAUUGACGUUAUGGACUUGUUAAAAAGUGGUCAAGUUGACAGCACCUUUCUUAAAGAGAAACUUCGGAAACAAAUGAUGAACAUUGACAUAGAUGGUACUCCGGUGACAACUGCUGAAUCUACAUCUGCCCCAGCCCCUGCUCCUGUUCCAGCCCCUCCUCCACCUCCUGUACAGUCCCCACCACAGAUGCAAGCAGCUUAUAACCCACUGAUGAGGAUGAGGGACGGCUCCAAUCCACCUCCUCCUCCAGCUCUAAAACAGAAGAGUGAGUCAAGGGCCUCUUCAAAAGCCUCGUCAAGAUCGAAAAAAAAGAAAUCGACCGGCAUGGGCACUAUAAGUUCAGAAAGUUCAGAAUCGUCCAGCGAAUCAAGCUUAGAUACUGACAUAUCGAGCGAGAGCGACAGUGACGAAGAUUCUCAUAAGUUAGCGAAGAAAGUCAAGAAGUUAAAAGCUAGGAACAAGAAAUUAACAAAAAAAGUUAAAGCAUUGAAAAAGAAACUAAAAGACAAAAAAUUAGCUAAAAAGGACGACAAACAAGCUAAAAGCGUCCAAAGAAAUUCCCACGGUCAGAUAGUGGAAAACAAAGUGCCGCCACGACCCCAACCACCGGCACAACCUCAAGGUGCGCUAGCCCCCAUGACUCCACAACAAUACUCCGCCCAACAGUCACAAAUGCGAAGACAGUACGACCCUCAAACAGGACAAUACAGGGAUGUUCCUGAUAUCAUGUCACCGGCUCCUCCCCCAGGACUCAUGCCACAGUCGAUGCAAGGACAGAUGCCUGCUGGAAUGCCACCAAUGCCUCAAAUGCCACUUGGACAAAUGCCAGCUAUGCCCCCAGGUCCAAUGCUCCAGAUGCCUAUGAGCGCUGCACCUUUGAUUAUGCCAGCAAAUCCACCGUUCAACCCUGUAUCAUCACUUGAUAAUGAAGUGAUGGAAAUAAAAAAUGUGAGAGGAAAUAGUCCUGUUAAAAAUUAUCCAAGCGACGACGAUCUGUAUUUAGACGUCUUCAAAGGAAAAGAAAAGAAAAAACCGAAACUUAAUACAAAUCUCCAACAACCAAACCAAAAUAUUGUACCAAGGUCAAGUCAGACAUACCAAGAAAUGUCGAGAUCAAACCAACCCAGAUUGGCUCCAGGCCAACAAAACAUAUCAUCAAUCGGGUCUAUCAAUCGUGCUACCCAACAACAACAACAAGAUCAACAUCAUCAUCAACAACAACAACAACAACAACAGCAACAACAACAACAACAACAACAACAACAACAACAACAACAACAACAACAACAACAACAACAGCAACAACAACAACAAAAACAACAACAACAACAACAACAAUAUCAACAGACUCAAAAGUCUGAUACUUCCCAAAAUUUGCAAGAUUUAGAUAAAAUCCUCAAGAAAGGGCAUAAAAACAAGCCAUCACACCAUGAGCGUGGUUACAAGAGUAGUUCUGAGUCAGAACCUGAUAAAAAUAGCCAAUCAAGGAGGCGAAAAUCUAGUGAAGGAAGGGAGGUCGUUGUAAGAUCGAAUGCAGCCAAAAAUCUGAUAAAAGAUUUCUAUGAAGAAGAAGAAUUGGCUGUAAUUACAGCUGAAGAAGACUUGCCUGAGAUUACAGAACCAGUACAAUCUAAGAACACUGAAAGUACCACGGCACGUGGUGUCACCUUUAGUGGAAAGUGCAUUUUCUGUGAGCUGUAUCAUACUAUCAAUUCUAAUGUCAACAACGAAAGCUCGAGCUUGUGUAAGAAGGGUAAAAUGUACCUAGAAAGGUACAAAUCAGAUACACGCCGUAUCCAGGACUUAAGGUCCCAAAUCAAAGAUAACACCGACAAAUUAGUCUCCUUGAAAAACAAGAAAGAACUUAUGACGAAAGUGAUAGUUGAAAAUGAUGUGAGGAAGAACGAAAGAGCUCUACGAAUGGAAGUUUUCAGAAAGCACAUCGAUACACUUCCUGAGCCAGUGAAAGUGACACAAGAGUUCGGCCGAAAGGUUGUCAAAGCACAGAGCAAUCAACAAAAUCUUGGAGACCAGCUAGAAGCAGCGAUCAAAAGGGGAAAUUCUGCUGCCCGGUCCGUAGAGCCGGAAGAGAUACAGUAUGAUGAUCUGGACGGCAGCUCAAUGCCUACUGACAUUCCACCAAGUGGCUAUGGUGCCAGGGCCAAUGAGAGUCCUCAGUCAAAACAUCGCAGGGGUGCUCGACAUUCUUCUGAGACUGAUUUUGUGGGGAGAAAUGACGAGAGACCACCCGCUAUGGCUGUACCUCCGUACGAAGAGAGUGACUAUGGCCAUGGUAGGAGACCACCUAUGCAACGGUUAGGUCCAAGAGAGCAACCUUCCAGAGAGCAACCACCAAUAGAGCACCAACCUAGAGGACUGCAACCUAGAGAGUAUGCACCAAGAGAACCACCAGCAAGAGGACUGCAACCUAGAGAGUAUGCACCAAGAGAGUAUGCUCCCCGGGAACCACCAGCAAGAGAGCUACCACCAACAGAGUAUGCACAAAGAGAGUAUGCACCAAGGGAACCACUAGAAAGAGAGCUACCACCAACUGAGUAUGCACAAAGAGAGUAUGCACCAAGGGAACCACCAGCAAGAGAGCUACCACCAACAGAGUAUGCACCAAGAGACUAUGCACCCCGGGAACCACUAGAAAGAGAGCUACCACCGAGAGAGUAUGCACCAAGAGAGUAUGCACCUCGAGAACCACCAGCAAGAGAACCCAGAAGACAUCCAGAAGAUACGAGACCACCGUUUGGAGAUAUGAGAGCGUCUCCAGGAACACCUCCCAGAACUCCAUCAGGUCUGUUGCAAACUCCGGCUACUGCAGGACCUCCACAAAGACCACCUCCUGCUGCUUUACUUCGCACCCCAGGCAGAAGACCACAAUAUGAGCAGCCUGGGAAAGACCCAAACCAACAUGCUCAUAAUGCACCAAGGCCACCUCGCCAUGGCUGGUCCGGGGUACGGGGGAGAUAAUGGAAGAGAUAGUCAGUAAAAACCAGCAUGCUCAACUGAAUAAGAUGGCGACAUUCGCUGAUGGACACCAUUUUCAACAACAGACUAAUAGUAGACGAUAUUGAUAUAAUUUGUUGUCCUCUGCGUCGUUGUAGAUGCUGCAUCUAGUUUUAUAAUAAUAUGAUAUCAUAAAAACUUUAAAUUUUGUCCAAAAAUUGCUGUGCUCCAUUAAGAAUUGGUUAUACGUAUUAUAUCGUAGAUAUAAUACAUGUAAGUUCUAAUUUGUUAUAGCUCUUUUGGUGAUUUUAACUUAUGAAGCUUCAGACCUUUUGCUGAUUAUAUAAUUUGGUACCAAAUGAUACCAAAAAUAUGUUUUAUUUUCUCCUCUUUAAGAUUCGUUUUCAAGGACGAAGUAAUUUUGUCUGUUUUAGCUACAUUAUUGGGGAUAUUCAUACACUGUAUUAUGAGUAUAAUUAUACAGUUGGUCGCUUCCUGAAUGGGAGUCAAAUUAUUCAUGUUAAGAAUGAGCUUUAAAAUUUGAGGGGUUCUGAGAUUUAAAGUUUCGCAUUGAGGUUUGCUCUUCAAGAGCCCUAGCCUCAAGCAGUCUCGAUUGUUACCAAUUUAAAAAAUACUUAUUGGUUUAUUUAAAAUAAAUGGUCAUCUCUUCAGUCCUUUAUCAUUAUUCAUCAGUGUAUGGCGCAACAUUACAGAUUAUUUA